CCGCUAGCCCAUUGGCCAACUACCUUUCAACCUCACCCCAAUCUUCCUAUUUAUCCCUGUGCUUCAUCCUCCUCCUCUCUCGCACUCUCUGUCUCUCUACAGCACCUAGCUACUUUUCAGACUCACCAAGCCCACACACGCACACACGCAUCAUUAUCAAAUAAAGUUAUCCUCAAACUUGCUAUUUCUCUCGCCCCUUCUUCGUCUCUCUUACUCAUGGAGGCUUCAUGGGAGCAAAGUGUUGCAUACUCCCUCAACACCAUCUUCCUUCUCUUCUCUGCCUACCUCGUCUUCGUCAUGCAAAUCGGAUUCGCCAUGCUCUGUGCAGGCUCCGUCAGAGCUAAAAACGCCGUCAACAUUAUGCUCACUAAUGUUGUAGACGCCGUCGUCGGAAGCAUCUCUUUCUACCUCUUCGGCUUCGCAUUUGCCUACGGCGACGGCCCCAGUUCCAACCCUUUCAUAGGCACGGAUCUCUUUGCUCUCGUUAGCAUUCCAAACGGCACUUACGAUUACAGUUUCUAUCUUUACCAAUGGGCGUUCGCCAUAGCCGUAGCGGGCAUCACAAGUGGUUCUAUUGCUGAGAGAACCCAGUUCAGUGCUUAUCUUGUAUUCAGCUUUUUCCUUGCGGGCUUUGUGUACCCGGUCGUAGUCCACUGGGUCUGGUCUUCCAACGGUUGGCUCAGUACGAGUUCAAGCAAUCUGUUUCUGGGCUCAGGUGCGAUUGACUUCGCCGGAAGCGGAGUGGUGCAUAUGGUUGGCGCAGUGGCUGGCUUUUGGGGUUCACUAAUACUAGAACCACGGGUCGGCCGGUUUGAUGCAUUUGGCAAGCCCGUGCCGCUCCGAGGCCACAAUGCGAGUCUAGUGGUACUCGGCACGUUUCUUUUGUUUGGAUGGUUUGGAUUUAAUCCCGGCUCGUUUGAUAAUUUGGUGCCGUAUCCCGACGCAUCCGAUGAGGGUAAUUGGACGUCCAUUGGCCGAACGGCGGUUGUGACCACCUUAGCUGGUUCGACGGCGGGAAUCAUCACGUUGUUUGGCCGGCGGUUGAUAAUUGGUCACUGGGAUGCAUUUGACAUUUGCAAUGGAUUGCUUGGCGGGUUUGUUGCUAUUACCUCUGGAUGCUCCGUGGUUGAGCCAUGGGCUGCUAUUAUUUGUGGGUUUGUCUCAGCUUGGGUCUUGAUUGGGCUGAACGUAUUGGCACUAAAAUUGAACUAUGACGACCCGUUAGAGGCAGCCCAAUUACAUGGGGGGUGUGGGGCCUGGGGUUUAAUAUUCACGGGCUUGUUUGCCAAAGAGGAGUUCGUGAUUCAAGUCUACGAUAAAGGUGUGACUGGGGUGAGUAGACCCUAUGGGCUUCUAUUAGGAGGUGGAUGGGCCUUGCUUGGAGCCCAAAUUGUGGAAUUGUUGGCUAUAUUGGGCUGGGUUAGUAUCACCAUGGGCCCUCUGUUCUAUGCCUUACACAUGCUUAAGCUACUCAGAAUCUCAAAAGACGAUGAAGUUACAGGCCUUGACAUCUCAACCCACGGAGGAUCUGCUUAUUCUCAUCACGACGAAAACGUUCCUCUAUCUUACGCCGAUUAUAUGCGCGUUAGAGAUAAUCAAUCAUGAUUACGUUUCAAUAACAGUUUAGCAGUCAUAUUUUUUCAAAGCGCUGUACUGUUAAGAAAGUUGAAUUUGAAUAUCUUAUUGUUUUGCCUUUGAACACACACAAACGUCAGCCUCUUCUAUUACAUUUACAUCCAA